AUGGCUACAACAGAACUCCCCGUCUCAUCACCAGCCCUCCCACCAACUCAUCUCGCUCUGCGACAAGAUGUCUACGCCCAACCUCCCACCGUCCAAAGCGUCCCAACACCGCAGCCCGUUCCAGGCUCUGCAGUCUUCCGCGUCACCCUCGCCAGCAUCAUCGGCUACACACGCGACAUCUACAAUGGCGUCCGUAAGUACCCAUACCCCGUACCCUUGACAUUAGGGUCUUCUGCCAUCGGCCGCGUCGUCGCCCUUGCUCCGGACGCCACGAUCCUGGAAAUCGGCGACCUAUGUCUUUUAGACUGCACGAUCCGAGGCCGCGACGACAUUGACGGCUCCGCGGCAAGUACAUUCCUCAGCGCCAUCUCCGAGGGGUUCAGCGAGGGCAGCAAGAAAUUGAUGCGCGAUGCCUGGCGCGAUGGCACAUAUGCCGAGUACGUCCGGUGGCCGUUGGAGAAUUGCUUCAGGCUGGAUGAGAAGAAGUUAUUCGCAAUGGGCUACACGGUCGAGGAUCUCAUGUAUAUCCCGCGCAUGCUCGUAGCGUAUGGGGGUUUUAGUCCGCUUUGUAUUGAUCUGAAACCGGGCGAGACGGUGGUCAUUGGCGCGGCGACGGGUGGAUUUGGGAGUGCCGCGGUGCAUCUCGCGCUGGAAAUGGGGGCGGGCCGAGUCAUUGCUUUGGGGAGAAAUACUGAGAUACUUGAGAAAGUCAAGAAUGCUGCGGCGCAGAAGGACAGGGUAUUCACGGUUCCGUUGACGGGGGAUUGGGAGGUGGAUUACAAGGCCUUAAAGGAUGUGGGAGGGACGAUUGAUAUUUUCUUCGACAUUUCACCCGGAGCGGCGCAGGGGUCGGGCCAUAUUAAAGCGGGUAUUAUGGCAUUGAGGCAUGGCGGGAGGUGUUGUCUUAUGGGCGGGAUUAGAGGGGAUGUUAGUCUUCCGCACCAUAAGAUCAUGCAUGGAGAUAUCACGGUUAAGGGGAAAUGGAUGUAUGAGCCGCAGGAUGUCAAGAGGUUAAUUGGACUGGUGGAGAUGGGGUUGGUCCGGUUGAAUACGACCAACCAGGACAGGAGUGUCAAGCCUUUGGGAGCAGAGUGUAAAGGGAAGUUCAGCCUGGAGAAGUGGGAGGAAGCCUUUGAGGUGGCGCAUGAGGUCACAAGGAAUGGGUUUGUGGUUUUCGAGCCAUGA